AUGUCUAUUUUAUUCACAACAGAAGAAUUGAAAUAAAUUGAACCUCAUCCAUACGAAUACGUAUAAACAAAAACAAAAUAUCUAGAACAAAUCAGUUCCUUCAAUUACACCAAAACUACUCAACUACCUUUCAUUUCAGUGGCCAAAGCCUAACAUAGACAAUUGAUGGAUAAAGUCAAAUUGUAUUAAUUCGAAGAAAAGAAAUAAUUGCCAUCACAUCAGUUCAAUACCAUCUUUGAAGAGUAAUCUCAGCCAUCAGCACUAACUGAAGAUCUCAGAUAACAAUAUUAUAAAGAAUUUAUACUCUAACCAAAGGAGGAAGAGAUAUCAAAGAAGGAAAAGGAGAAGAAUAGAUAUUUGCAUAUAUGUGGAGUCAUCAAUGCGCAGAAUCAAAUAGACAAAAAGGAAUACAAAAAUCAUAUAAAAGAAUUGAAGCAAUUAUAAAGAGAAGUAGAGCAAAUUCAACAAUAAACCAAAAAACCCUAUUAUCCUACAAAGGAAAUGUGUCGUAAUACUCAUUUGAUCAAUAAAUUGGCUACUCCAAUGCUCAAUAUGUAUAAUGUUUAUUUCAAAGAAAUCUUUGAUGCCUUAAUUGAUGAUAUUCUACUAGAAGAGGUAACUAUAAUCACAUAAGUUUAAGGUGCAAUUUUUGAAUGAGUAACAGGAUAAAACUUUGAAUUAAAAUGAACAACCAGAAAUCCCAGAAUUGGAUAAUGAGGAGAUUUAGGAAUAGCUUAAUGUUGAUGUCAAGGACCUCUUAUUAGAACUUGGCAAUAUAAUGGAUGAAUAUUGA